AGGAGGGCAAAUGGUAAUGUUUAAAAUAUGCAUGGAAAAGAUAAAAAAUAAGCAUAAAAAUAUUCAAGGGUUUGAUUCCUCUUGCUCUAAUUUCCAUUCUUCACCACUCCCUUUUUCCAAGGUGAUUGUAACCAACAAACAAACCUUCAAUCAACAAAUGUAGUACAUUUCAUUUGAGGCAGACGUUCCAACAUACAUAUAUUCCUAUUUUUUUAAGAAUUAAUCUAUUUGGGUCUAGAUUUUGUUUCAAGGUUAAAUAGGGAGUAAUUGUUGGAGAGAUGGAAGGUUUGGGGGAGUUAAUUUGUCGGAAUUGUAACAUGGCGUUCCAUUCUGCUGGACUCUUGGAUAAACACAAGGCCAAAUUCUGCAUUGGCACAGACCUAAAAGACCCAGUAGCUCUAUGGAGGGGACAAAGAGGAUUCACACAAACAGAAAACGCAGCUGUGAAGAUGGUGCAUCCCACAAGGGCAAGGACACCUGAUUUGAUUAUUCUGAAGGAACAGAGAAACCGCCAAAUGGAUCAGAGAGAGAGUUCACAGGAGAAUACUGUUCUAAACAAACUCACUGAAGAGUUUCAAAAACUCAGGAUCUCAUUUGAACAAAACCUGCCCAGAACACAGACAAAGGUCUUUGAGGAGCAGGGCUCACUCCAGCAGAAGGCUGAUGAGCAGAGGGCUCUUGACUUAUAUAAAGAUCAUGAGCAGAGGCUGGCUGAGAUCAGGACACGCAACCAUCAGCUGGAGAAGGAGAGAGAGGAUAUCGAACAGAGACUUGCCGAGCUGGGAGGGCGGGAGAGGACGGCUCAUCUAGAGGAAGUGCUGCAAGAGCUGAGGUGUCAGGAACAGAGGAACGAAGAGGUGCUGCAUCAGCUCAGCUCUCACAUCAACUCAAUGAAGGGGCUUAAACCAAAUGAAGUCCAAUCAAACCCACCAGAGGAAAAGAAGACACGUGUCUUGAUCUAUUCUGUGGAUGGGCCCCUCUCUGCUCAGAUAAGGUCUUCUUUAAGAAGCAUGCAAACCAUAUCUAGGAACAAUAAUAUCAUUAAGUCUUGGGAGUGGGCCCCCCCCACACUAGCACUGUGGUGCAUUUCUUUUUGUAACAGAGCUUUGCGUCUGGCAUACAUGCAGUCAGGUGGUUCUGAUCCAGAGGUUCUGGCCCACAUGCAUGACCUUCAAGCAGAGGCUCUUACUCUGGAGCAGGCAAGACCUAGAGCUGAUGGCAAGACAAAAGGAAGAAGGAUGAAGUCUCCUCACAGAGUGUUGGACCCUGAUGUUCUUGCUGUGGAGCAGGAGAACCAAAGGCUUGAGGAGGAAAUCUUCAGAAUCCAGCUGGCCAGAGAGAGGCAAAAAGGAGAACAUGGGCUCAUUGAUAUCCAGAAAGACCACAUCCAUCAAAUGGCUAGCCUCCAAGCUGAGAUCGCCUUUCUAAAAAGAGAAAUAGAGAAGGGGCGAGACAGAAGACCACCCAAUCCUCAGCCUCCCCUGCCUAUUUUUCCUGAAUCUUCUAUGAGCCUAACACACUCUGCUCUGACACAGGAUCAGAGUUCAAAACAGCAUUCAUCGAUGGGUUCCCAUGUAACUGAUCCGAUGGAAGCUCUUGGUCCUGCUCCUUAUGAUCCUGUGGCUGGCUUUGUGAUCUUCUAUGACCUGGUGAUGGGUUUAGAAUCUACUUUGGGAUCGAUGUGUUUGUUGGCAGGGUUAUAUUGUAAUGGGGAAAAGUUGGGACAGACCACCCCAAUGCCACCUGUGCAGUGCCAACCAUUACUCUCCACCAAGAGUCCUGGAAACUAUGCCAUACUGGCUUUUAAGCAGCCUGUGCCAAGAGUACAGCCAUCUCCAAAUGUCUCUUUGGUCUUGGAGAUCCAGACUUCUAAAGGUCUCCAUUUGUACAACCAUGAAAUUAAGGACUUGGUUACUUGUGGCUGGGCUAAACUUGAACUUUUUGACCAGCACAACCAGGUUUAUAGCGGUCACUGGAGGCUUCCCUUCCAUUCUCUCCCAGUUCAAGCAUCCCUAAGUCCAGCUCAGCUGAAUUCUGUGCCACAACUGGGUAACAUGGAACUUUGUCUUCGGGUAGCAAACGCUCGUCAUGGAGAUGUGCAGACUCUUGCAAAGAUUGACAUCAACAACACCAACCAAUACAAGUACCCAUCAACGGCGGUCUCAAACACAUCUGCAAUCCUGGCAACCCAAGUACCAUCUCACACAUUACAACCCUCAUCCAAUCCAUUACCUUCAUCACUGCCACAGACAGAUCAUGUCGAGGAGUCCAAUUAGAUUUGAAUGACUGAAUAAUUCAACCUGAAUUUGAUUACUGUACAAAUAAAUCCUGUUGUAAAUUCAAAAAAAAAAAAAAAAAGUAUUUCAUGUGACUAUAAACAGAUCUUCUCUCACACAUAUUUUGAUCUACAAACAAUUGCAUUUAUAGGGGCUGGACAAUGAAUUGGUUUAGAGCCUCCUUUUGCAGCUAAUACAGCAUCAAUUCGUCUUGGGAAUGACAGAUACAGGUCCUUCACAGUGGCCAGAGGGAUUUGAGCCAUUCCUCUUCCAGAACAGUGGCCAGGUCAUUAUGUGAUGCUGGUGGUGGAAAACGUUUUCCGACUUGCUCCUCCAAAAUACCCCAAAGUGGCUAAAAAAUAUUUUGAUCUGGAGACUGUCCAGGCCAUAGGAGAUGUUCAACUUCGAUUUCAUGUUCAUCAAACCAUUGUCACAUUCUGUUUGUGGCUUGAAUAAAUAUGCUUCAUAUAGAGAAAUAUAGAUUGCACUUUCUCUUUCCAUUUGCACUGUUUUUUCAAAUACCUUAAUUCAAACUCAUUGACGCCACUUUGUUCAUUCUUGAAGUGAACUUUUGCCUGUAUUGUGAUUAGAUUCACUGUUUUGGACUGCUGCCUUGAACUUGAACACAACAGAAUACUUUUAAGUAGAUCACAAAUACAGAAUGAUGCGACAGCGCUUCCUGUCUGCUGUGCAACCAGUUAACGCUCCACCAGAGCCCUACAGCAGGAGACACGAGGCCACUGUAUUCAACCCAUUCUCAUAAGUGCCGCAUGUCCAAGACUUUUGGGCAAAAAAAAAAAAAAAAACGCCCUAACGUCUUCAUU